AUGGUUUGGUGGGGUGUUUCAUGGCAUGGUGUUACAGAGAUCCAUUUCUGUGAGAAAGGGGUUAUAACUGGGGCUCGUGUUUAUCAGACAACUGUCUUAGACCCUAUAUUAAGGCAUCUUAAUAGUACAUUGUUCAAAGGAAUCGAUUGGGUAUUUCAACAGUAUGCGGCACCUGGCCAUAAGGUAAAAACGACACAACAUUGGCUUGAAAACAGUGUUCCAAAUUUCAUUAAGGCAUCUGAUUGGCCUUCCGAAAGCCCGGACAUAAGCCCACUUGAUUGUGGUUUAUGGAGCAUUUUAGAGUAG